UCAAAGCUCAAAGAUCAUAUGCCGAAAUCAAGAUUGUGCCAUUGCGGCCCAUUUAUUAUUUCACGAUGCACAGUUUUCCUGCAUGCUCCUUGCAAGAAGAUCAACAGAGUCCGCAAGCAAGCAAACAUGUACGUGUACGUACCCAUGCGCAAACAAGAGAGAACAUAGCGCAAAAAAACAGAGCAGGUUUAUCCCGUCUACCUCAUUCGCAAGCAAGAUACGGCAAGUCCGCAAAAUCAGUGCACUUUACACGAUUUGCUUUUAAGCUAUACGUGCCUUUGCUUAUGCGAAGAAAGGGAAAAUUCACGGCUUAAAAGAGUGCAUGGUGCUCUCGCCUACAGACUUAUCCAUCGCGCAAGUCCUGUGUCUUGGUAACGUACAAUUUUCGUCUUAAGGGCCAGGCAUACUUAC